AUGGUCGCAGCUGCAGAGUAUUACCAAUCACAACAGCGGCGGCGUUUUUGGGGUUUGGGAGGAGAGACCGAGGCUUAUCAGUGCCAGGAUCAAUGUCGCGGAGAUGCAGGGAAAAAACAUCUGGUGAUCGGCCGCAUGGUUGUUGACGCAGACCACAUCAGACGGGCGAAGAACAGGGACUCUGUGCGGUUGAGUUUCCUCCGUGUGCUCCGGUUUCCUCCGUGUGCUGCGGUUUCCUCCGUGUGCUCCGGUUUCCUCCGUGUGCUCCGGUUUCCUCCAUGUGCUCCAGUUUCCUUCGUGUUCUCCGGUUUCCUCCGUGUGCCCUGA